CCAGGUGCGGGAGCGAACGCGGGGUCAGCCGAGGUCAUGGCACACGAGCUGGAGAAGGAGGAGUUAGGCGGGCCCUCGCAUACCUCGGCUCCAGGCGGCCUGACCCUCACCGUGCCCUCGACGUCCUCGCCAUCUCAGGUCACGACCCCGGGCGCGGCACAGCAGGAUGCCCCCGUGGCCGCCCUCAGGAGGUACCUGGACUCGAUCCCUCAGCACCCGUCCCCGCGUCGGGAGGUGGCGAGCAGCGUGGUGUGGCGGUGUGUCCGUGGUGACGUCAUUGCAAGCUUCCUCCUGACGCUGGUGUCGACGGCGGCGGCGCUGGCGCUGCAGCCUCCCUACCACGCCACACUCACCGGACCUGCGCUCAGCACGCACAGAAAGUUGUCGGAUUUUGAAAAAGUUGUUUUUGAGAAACAUCUUCCCCCUUCAGAAAAUGUCAUUUAA